CUGAGAUCGCGCCACUGUACACCAGCUGGGGGGAGAGAGACUCCGUCUCAAAACAAACGAACAAAAAAAAGACUGUGAAAAUGAACUUUACGAAUAAAGCCUAAAGAAGCAAAUAAAAGUCAUACUUUUGCCUUCUAAAAAUAAUCAAUGUUAACAUUUUGGCCCACUGGAACCUCUCUUUGAGGGUAGGGACUGUUGAUCUACGAAUCUCAGAUUUAGCACACUGGCUGGCACUUAUGAGCACUGAAAAAGCUUUUUUUUUUUUUUUUUUUUUUUAAGUACUCCAUAGCCCAUCCCUUUCAUUUAGCUGGGUAGUGUGGUCAAUUUCCCCAUAAUAUACAUUCUUACAUACAAUUCGUAUGUAUUUCUGGGGUACAGUGUGAUGUUUCCAUACAUAAACACAUUGUGCAACGAUCUAAUCAGCGUAAUUAGCACAUCCAUCACCAAAACACUUGUCAUUUCUUUGUGGUGAGAACAUUCAAAAUCCUCUCUUCUAACUAUUUUGAAGUUAACAUUAUUGUUGAGUAUAGUCAUCCAAAUGUGCAAGAGAACACUAAAACGUAUUCCUCCUAACUGUAACUUUGCGCCUGUUGACCAGCCUCUCCCCAUCCUCCCUCCCCACUAACUCUCCUCUGUACAAGAAUAAUCACUCUUUUACUCUACUUUUACGAGAUCAACUUAAAAAAAAACUUUUUAAAACGACUGCAUAAUAUGCUUUCAUGCUCACACUCAUUUAAAAACCGUGACUUUGGCAGAGUAACUUCAUUCUUCCAGGGGAAAAAAUUUAAAUGGUCUGAGUAAGGAAGCUCGCCUGGGCACAAGUGCUGGGUCGCUCCGCCGGGCUCGCCGCGCCGGGGGCCCCCAGACACCCGCCACCACAGCGGGGAAGGCAGGGUGCUGACUCCUGGGGCCACGACACUCGGCUCCGGUGGUGGGGAUUCCGCGCGGGACCCACGAGGGAACAAAGAGGCGGCUGGACGGCCCAGCUCUCCGCACCCGGAGGGACCUGUUCCACCUCUCCGGCUCCCGUACCCCUCCAUCCGCAUCUGAGUGACCAGAUCCCACUGCAGUCAACAGCCCGCGGGGUAGCCAGCUUCGAGGGACCGCCCGGAAAGACACAACGCGCGGGGAAGGCGCCGGGCGUCCAGUCUCGGGAGAGAUUAGAGAUGGCGUUCCUGCCCAGCGCCGUCAAUCCAGAGGAAUCCGCGGCCAUCGCGGAUCCACUAGAGGUGAGGCGGCACUGAGCCCAAGUGUGAGGCUCCCGGGAGCUACGCCUCCGCUGCCCCAGUGCCACCCGUUUUUGCCUCAGGCGGCUCUGACCGCCAUCGUUUCAACCUGGAGAGAUGGGCCCUCCCCUACGGACGCACUUCCCUUCCCCGGCAGGAAGGAGGGCGCUGACCCAGGGGGCACACGCCCCUGGCUGCGCAUGCGCCAUUCAUCCGCGGCGAGUGGCCUCGCGGAGCCGGAUUCGUCGCUCCGCCGGGAGUGCGCCUGCGCGGUCGCCGGGGCUCCCACCUCAGCUUCCCCUCCCCCGGCCCCCUCGGGGGCUCCGAGCCCGGCGGGACCAUGUUCACCAGCACCGGCUCCAGUGGGCUCUACAAGGCGCCUCUGUCGAAGAGCCUUCUGCUGGUCCCCAGUGCCCUCUCCCUCCUGCUAGCCCUCCUCCUGCCUCACUGCCAGAAGCUGUUUGUGUAUGACCUCCACGCAGUCAAGAACGACUUCCAGAUUUGGAGGUUGAUAUGUGGAAGAAUAAUUUGCCUUGAUUUGAAAGAUACUUUCUGCAGUAGUCUGCUUAUUUAUAAUUUUAGGAUAUUUGAAAGAAGAUAUGGAAGCAGAAAAUUUGCCUCCUUUUUGCUGGGUUCCUGGGUUUUGUCAGCCUUAUUUGACUUUCUCCUCGUCGAAGCUAUGCAGUAUUUCUUUGGCAUCACUGCAGCUAGUAAUUUGCCUUCUGGAUUCUUGGCACCUGUGUUUGCUCUGUUUGUACCAUUUUACUGCUCCAUACCAAGAGUCCAAGUGGCACAAAUUCUGGGCCCGUUGUCCAUCACAAACAAGACAUUGAUUUAUAUAUUGGGACUACAGCUUUUCACCUCUGGUUCCUACAUCUGGAUUGUAGCCAUAAGUGGACUUAUGUCCGGUCUGUGCUACAACAGCAAAAUGUUCCAGGUGCAUCAGGUGCUCUGCAUCCCCAGCUGGAUGGCAAAAUUCUUUUCUUGGACACUUGAACCCAUCUUCUCUUCUUCAGAACCCACCAGCGAAGCCAGAAUUGGGAUGGGAGCCACGCUAGACAUCCAGAGACAGCAGAGGAUGGAGCUGCUGGACCGGCAGCUGAUGUUCUCUCAGUUUGCACAAGGGAGGCGACAGAGACAGCAGCAGGGAGGAAUGAUCAAUUGGAAUCGUCUUUUUCCUCCUUUACGUCAGCGACAAAACGUAAACUAUCAGGGUGGUCGGCAGUCUGAGCCAGCAGCGCCCCCUCCUCUAGAAGUUUCCGAGGAACAGGUCGCCCGGCUCAUGGAGAUGGGAUUUUCCAGAGGUGAUGCUUUGGAAGCCCUGAGAGCUUCAAACAAUGACCUCAAUGUCGCCACCAACUUCCUGCUGCAACACUGAUGGUCCCAGGCCAACACUGGGACCGGACCGGCCGCCGAGUGACAGUGCGUGGUCCCCACCAUCAGAUCAGCCCGGGGACCGAGCAUCUCUGGUGCUGAUGUUCUUGUGGGAAGAGGGAGGUUCCACCGCACCCCUGCCUUCAACCCCAAGACUGUUGCCAUUAUAGUAUGGAAAUAAGUUUGCCAUUACAUUAGCAUGUAUUUUCUACCUAUAUUUUUUAUUGGGCAUUUUCCCUAGGUUGGAGAGUCAUCACUCGUUUUGAAUGUGUUUAAAAUGCAUUAAAAUGGAAGAUUUCUGCAGGCAGUUAAAUGGCACUCCAGAUGGGGAAUUGCCGUAACCCUCUUACUGUAACGUGUCAUCUCCUGCGUUGUGAUGGGGAGAGGGUGAUGUUAUUUCAUAAAGGACGUGUCAGAUCCUUCUUCAUGGACUUUUUUAGUUACUGUUUCUUCUCUCAAACUUGUUUUCAAAUCUCUUGGGAGUGAGGGAGAAACGGGGAGCUGAAUCCUCCCCCGAGCUGUUCCAGGCCAGGAGACUCCGCAGUACCUUCUCCUAUAUCUAGUAACAAAGAAUGGUGAUAACCAUGCACUGGUUCAAGGUUCUGGAGUUCUCCAUGAAACUUGGGUUAAUUUUGCUCAGAAUAUCCAGAGUUAGCCACUAGACUGCGGGUGAAAUGGGAUGGAGAAGAACAGCAGGCUCUCUGGAGCCACAUGGGCUGACUUGGGCACUCUGUGGCUGGCCUGGCACGGGCUCAGCCCGGGAAGAGGAGAAACGAUCCCUUGCCUGCCCCGUCCCUGUGGCAGGGCUAGCUGCCUGGCCCUCUCGGCUUGUAGCCAGUCAGCCCCUCUGGCAGCAGGUUCUCCUCAGGGCUUAGGUCUUGAACCUGUGGCGGCAGGAGGCAGGGCAGACUGUGGAGGACGGGAUGCAGGUCGGGGAGAGGGAAGGCAGGGGUGGACCGCCCUGAGCAUGAAAAGACCCCAAGCAAGUUGACUCUUGCAAUGUGCAACUGUUAUGUUCUGCAAAAUGAGCAACGAUGUAUCAAAUUGAUGCAAAUUUAGAUGUUGAUACUUACAAUAAAGUUUUUAAUGUGUUUUACUCUUCA